CCCCAGGUGCCUGCGCCUCUGGAACUAGCCCUCACUCCGGUCCCACCCCCUAGGUGGCGGGAAGGAUGACUACGCUCACGCGACAGGACCUCAACUUUGGCCAAGUGGUGGCCGACGUGCUGUGCGAGUUCCUGGAGGUGGCCGUGCACCUGAUCCUCUACGUGCGCGAGGUCUACCCGGUGGGCAUCUUCCAGAAGCGGAAGAAGUACAACGUGCCUGUCCAGAUGUCCUGCCACCCGGAGUUGAACCAGUAUAUCCAGGACACGCUGCACUGUGUCAAGCCGCUCCUGGAGAAGAAUGAUGUGGAGAAAGUGGUGGUGGUAAUUUUGGACAAAGAGCAUCGCCCCGUGGAGAAAUUCGUCUUUGAAAUCACCCAGCCUCCACUGCUGUCCAUCAGCUCAGACUCCCUGCUGUCUCACGUGGAGCAGCUGCUCCGAGCUUUCAUCCUGAAGAUCAGCGUGUGUGAUGCUGUCCUGGACCACAACCCCCCAGGCUGCACCUUCACGGUUUUGGUGCACACGAGGGAAGCUGCCACUCGCAACAUGGAGAAGAUCCAGGUCAUCAAGGACUUCCCCUGGAUCCUGGCAGAUGAGCAGGAUGUCCACAUGCAUGACCCCCGGCUGAUACCCCUAAAAACCAUGACAUCAGACAUUUUAAAGAUGCAGCUCUAUGUGGAAGAACGAGCUCAUAAAAACAGCUGAGGGUGUGUCUGCCCCCAUGGAUGCCACAACUAUCGGACUUUGGGGGCCCCCAGCCUCGGGCAGCGCUGCAGGGCCACCCCGCUUCCAAGUGCUCUUAUUGCCUCUGUGUGGACUGCCCAUCCUCCAGCCCGGAGCUGCUCAGGUCUGGUUGCCUUCACGGAGGAAUGGCCCCCCAGGAGGGCAGGAAGGUGCUGGGAUCUCAAUUUCUCAGCCUCCUGGGGUUCAGCCGGUCAACACUGUCUGUCUCAAAUACUGUGCUGUGAGUUGUUUCAAUAAAGGGCCCCAAGGGCUGACCUG